AUGCUCACCGUGCCACCUUCGGUCGUACCGCGCUUCGCGCGCCACAUCAUGGAAAGUUUAGAGCCGCCCAGCCUCAUGCCAGCGCAGAUGUUUUCCAGAGUGAAGAUCAUUGACAUGUCACCCGUGGUGCAGCACUCUAUUCGUUUCGCUGCUAUCCGCUGUGCGCUAUGCCAUUUUGCCCACGGUGCAGCGCUGACAGCGGAUCCUCCGUGGAGCCUCAACAAGCCGCGAAGUCUGCUGCUCGCGGACUCUCGCCGCUCUCCCUCCCGUCUCUUUUCUCCGCUGCUAGGAGGGCGAGGCCCACCUCAAUGUGAUAGCUUCGAACAAUGA